CAUGUCCUAUUAUAGGUUGAUGUAAUACUAUUUCAAAUAUUAGAGACAUAUUAAAAGAUUAGAAAUUAAUCUUGAAAAUCCACUUUUCACUCAAAAAUGAAAUUUAAACUAAAAAAACCAUGCAAAUCUUAAUAGCAGAAGCCAAUUCGGCAAUUAGCUCUUUAGAUUUAGAUUACGAAGGAAUACUUUUAAAGGGUAAUUAUAUAAACAACAGACCAUAGUUCAGCUAUCAGAGCAGAGCAUAUAUCCAAAUUGAU